AUGCUUCUCAAACGCCUGCAGCUGCCUCCGCACCUGGCGUCCGUUGUGCCUCUCCUUGAACCGGCUGUCGUAACGACCGAUCAGGUGGUCCUGACUCCGCGCUCGGCACUCCGUGAGACAAUAUUGGGAACCUGGAGGAAGGAGGAGCGGAACUCGGCCCAGGCUGCGGCCGUGGUGAAAGCUCUUGACGAGCUUAUCGCUAUCUGUCUUCAGAACACUGGGGACGAGUUUGAGGUGCAUUACGAGUAUGGCCAGAAACAAUGGGACGGCUUCGGCGUCAUGGAGGACGUGUUCGCAUCCUGGGAUGGAAGAGGAGUAUUGAGCAUUGCUGGAUCCAGAGGGACGGCAAAGAGUGAUGGUAUCUUGGAUCGCCUCUCAGUGACACCGGCGUUCUCGCUCGAGCCCGACUUCUUUGAUGCAAUCUACGACCUGAGAGAUCAGAAUCCCAGCGUGCUCGUUAUCGACAACAUUGCAACUCUGUUCAGGGACGGAUUGAUGGGUGCGACAUCACAGGCGCAGUCCGAUUCAGCCACUCAUUCGCAGCUCACGAACACGACCGCCGCCAGUGGGAUCCACAACGAACGCUCGGCGUUCUCUGCGUCCAAGACCAAGCCGUCCCUGGGUGUUUCACACUCGUUCACAAGUGACGUCGAGAUCCUACUCGAGAACUCUGCCAAGAUCUUCGGUCUCGUCGAUGCAGGCGAGCGCGAACGCGCGUCGAAGCCUGGUCUCAGAGUCGUGAUGGAGGUGCUAAAGAGCCGAGUAUCGGACGGUAUCAAGCUGUACGACAUCGCAGCUGCUCCUCCCGAAAGCGAGGAGACAGUUGCGCGCUCUGCGGGUGCCCCGACUGGUCGACCGACGCAUGGCGGUCUGGCACAGACGCUUUCGCCAGCGAUUCUUCCUCUUCAGGAGCGUCCUGCCGCACACUUCACGUUCUUUUACCUCUUUGCCCUCGACAUCUCUGACUUUGACACUCUCAUUCUCGGCGACUCCUGGCAUUGCGAGACUACACCUCGGCGUACUCGACGCACACCGGACGACAUCUCAGCAAACGACCAUCUGCACGUGCAACCUCCACCGGUCCUAUCACCUACCCCUCUCCCGUGUCUUGUUCCCCCACCAGAACGGCUCUUACGAAACCCGCCAGUGGGCAGUGCACGACUGACCACUCUCUAA